UUUUAAAUACUUUGAAAUCAAUUAAUAUUUCCUUAAGUAAUUAGAGACAUGGUAGCCCCCAUUAAAAACCUACAUAUCGCUACGCUACAAGCAAGUCUCUUGUGUACAACUUCAUCCAGGAGUGAGGGUGGAUUAGUUAGAGUAUGGGGGUAUUUUAAAUGGGGUGCGAAUAAGUUGAGACUCAAAAGUUCCGUUGACAAACGACAAAACUGUCUCCAUUUUUCUUCUACUCUCUAUAGCUAUAGACAUAUCCUCUUGCUUUGCUAUUCGAAGCUGAGAAUACUCGUGAGAGGAUAUUGCCGAUCCAACUCCUAUAGUUAACUAUACUCAAAACCUGUAUUCCAGCUUUUCACCCAGCCAAAUUCCCCCCCUCAAAUUGCUCCCAAAACGCCCCGCAUUCAAUCCAAGCGCCUCAUUUUCUACCCCUCGCUCGCUCGCUCGCUCUUAGUUGUCCACCAACAUUCUUCACGGGCACCCACCCCCCUCCAUUUACUCUACUAUCUCUAUCGUACUCCUUCCGUGCAAUCUAUCAUAAAUUGUCAAUAUGGCUCCCCGUGGACGUGGAGGAAAAUUUAGUAAACCAACUCGCGGAGGAGGUAAACACUUCAGCCGUAAUCUCCAACCUUUAGAUAAAGAUGGAAACCCUAUGGGCAUGUGGCGGGACCCAAACGAUAUCGUAGAUGAGUCAUCAGAAGAUUCAGAAGAGGGUUCCGAAGAGGAAUCUGAGGAAGAAUCCGGAGGGGAAUCAGGCCCUAGCCACUCUACCACUGCACAAGAGAUGACCCGCGAAGAACGCAAAGCAGCCGCCAGAGCUCGAAAGGAGGCCGCCAUUGCCAAAAAGAACAAAGUCACCCCGGGCGACCUGCCCCCAUCCGAUGACGAGGAUGAAGACGACGACGACGGCGACGACGACGACGACGACAUGCCCGCUAAUCCCAACCAUACCGCCAAAUCGCGCUCGCAAGCCGCAAAGGGACCCGUGGCCAACGGGGAAGCUACAUCCACCGCGGCUAGAUCGGGCGAUAUGUCACAACUCUCCCGUAGGGAGAGGGAAGCUAUCCAGGCCCAGCAGGCGCGCGAGCGGUAUAUGAAGCUGCACGCGGAGGGCAAGACUGAGGAGGCCCGUGCUGAUCUCGCCCGCCUGGCUCUUGUCAAAGAGCGUCGUGAAGCGGAGAGGGCACGCAAGGAGGCUGAAAGGGAGGAGCGGGAGGAGCGGGAGCGCGAGAGGACCGAGGCGAAGGAGAGGGAAGCGAAGUUGCGGGCUGCUGCGCUGGGUCCUGCGGCGAAGAAGGGAGCACCGAAGAAGAAAUGAUUAUACGCCGCGUUCUCUAGUUUCCCACCCCAACUCCCCUCUUUUUUUUUUUUUUUUUUUUUUUUUUUUUUUUUUGCUUUUGGAAUCUUUCAUACAUCUCAUGCUUCCCUGCACGCUUUGCUGCGUCAGAGUGCUUUUAUGACGUUAUCUUGCAUCCUUUGGUUGUGCUGUGUUAAAUCUUCUAUCCCCGUUCCGGUUUACAUUUUUAUUCUCCUUCCGGCUUCUUUUCCUCCAAUUAUUCUAAAUUUAAAUACACAUCACAAAUGAAAGAUUUUCCAUCGUUUUCCUGGAGGUUGGUUUAUCACUCAUCUCACUCCGUUCGAGGCGCGGUUCCACUAUUUUUCUUGGCUAGCAUUUUUCCGUUAUUGGUUUUUGGUGAUAUAGUUAACUAUGGAUGGGAGAAAUGCGAGCUUUCAUUCAUACGAAAAACUUCCGCCCCCAUAGCAGCCACCCUUUUAUACUGGGAUAUAUGAAAAAGGAGAAUAGGGGGAAGGGCCGGGAAGGGCGAGAGGGGACAAAUGUAGCCAAAUUGAAUAUAUAUAUUUUUUGGUCAGGAGGGAUCAUUGCGAACCCUACGUCGUCAUUAUUAGACUUUUCCUCUCCUCUCUCUUCCUGUCUGCAAUAUCUUCUUCGAAGCCCUCACUUAAUUUUCCGUUGUGGUUUUUUCGCCCCAACGACGAAUUAUGGUGACGUGGAGUCGUUAGGGACUCAGCUACAUACCCACUGCGCCUAACUUGACGCUUCCCAAGAGCCCCUUGGGGUUUGGUUAACGAAGUUUUCCAAGCUCCGUGGUAGCCUCCUGUGCAACGAAGUAGCCAUCAUCUAGUGGCGAUGCACAGGUGUGUAUUAGUUGACCAUAAGAAAGUCAAUUGAGGUCAGUUGCUACACUGUAGUUCCGACUUGAUCUAUUCGACAAAACAAUAAGACAAGAAUAUAUGACCAUAGCCGCCGGGCUAGUUGGGUUUGUAAUGUAAUAAUAGAAUUUCAAAAUCAAAAACCAAGAAAGAUACGCCGCCAACCCAGCUAAAUAAUAGAAAAU